GGCUCUUACCUCCCGCUGCGAGCAGACAGCCUCCACAUCAGACACCUGCAGGAGUGACCAGUGACUGGGAGCCGUUAGAGAGUCACUCAGCGUUCAGGGUCUCGUUGUGGUCAGACUAUGUUCUGAGAUGUCCGAAGGUGCUGGUUUGGGCGCCGGGAGCGCUCAGCGGCUGCUGCAGCUCAGUCUGAGGGCAGAAUGGAUCGCACUCGAACAAACACUCAAAGCCUUGGACAAGGGAGACCCAGACAUCAGCCAAGUGGACGAGGAGUCAGGCUUGAGCCUUAUGAUGAUUGCGGUACGAGAGAACCGUCUUGCUAUAGUGGAGAGGCUUCUGGAGCUGGGGGUCAGUCCUGGAGAAAAAGCUAAGGACGGCAGGACUGCUCUACACAUCGCUGCUGCCCACUCCAAAGACGACCUUGUGAAACUCCUGGCAAGAAAAGUAGAUCCCAACAGUCCUGGAGGGCCCAAGUCCCAGCUGCCCCUGCACUACGCUGCCUCUCGCCCCACUGGUUCCCCUGCAGCUGUGCAGACGCUGCUCAAACUCUCCAACAAGGAGGCUCGCCUAACUCCAGACAAGGAUGGCUGCGUUCCGCUGCUCCUGGCUGUCGAGGCGGGAAAUGUUGGAAUCGUUAAGGAGCUCCUCUCGGGCCAAACAGAGCCCCAACUCCACGCUCAGAGAACAGGAAGCGGAGACACAGCUCUGCAUAUCUGCUGCCGACGGAAGGAUGUUGAAAUGGCCAAAGUGCUGAUGGAGUUCGGCUCAAGUCUUGAUUCCCAAAAUGAUGCAGGACAGACUCCUCUUCACAUAGCGGCCUGGGAGGGCGAUGAGGCAAUGCUGAAGUUUUUCUACCAGAGCAAAGCUAACCCCAACAUCGCAGAUAAGAUGGAUAGGUCCCCUCUGCACAUCGCAGCAGAGCGAGGUCACACCAACGUGGUUGAGAUCCUCACUGAGAAAUUCAAGUCCAAUGUGUUGGCAAGAACUAAGGACGGGAGCACACUACUGCACAUUGCAUCCCAGUGCGGUCAUCCAGAGACUGCUCUCACAUUCCUAAAGAAAGGAGUUCCUUUACACAUGCCAAACAAGUCAGGUGCGGUGUGCCUGCAUGCGGCUGCAAAGCGGGGCCACGCAGCUGUAGUGAAGUCUCUGCUCCUGAAGGGGGCGCAUGUGGACGCCACCACUAAAGACGGCCAGACAGCGCUUCACAUCGCUGUGCAGAACUGCAAGCCUCAGGUGGUGCAGAUGCUGCUGGGCUUCGGAGCACAGGUGCAGCUCAGAGGGGGAAAGGACUUGGAGACACCUCUGCAUGUAGCAGCCAGAGUGAAGGAGGGGGAAAAAGUGGCAGAGAUGCUGCUGAAGAGUGGAGCUGAGGUCAACGCAGAGCAGGAGAAUGGUGAGACUGCAAUGCAUGUGGCAGCACGUCAUGGAGCCCUGCAGAUGAUGAGAGCUCUGAUAGAGGAGGGAGCCGACCUCACCUGGAGGUCCAAGGCAGGAGAGAACCCACUACAUGUUGCAGUGCGUCACUGCCAUGCCCACAUGGUGGAGGCGAUCUUAAACUAUCUGACCAACGAGAGGAGCAGAGAAGAGGCGGAGCUCUGUGUAUGUCAGGAGAACCAGAGUGGAGAGACUGCCCUGCAUCUGGCAGCCGAACUGAAGAAUGAGAUGGUACACAGAGAUGGAGAAGACGUCCUCAUUAUCAAAACUCUAAUGGAGCACAACGCUGACGUCACAGCAGUUACCAGACAGAUGGGAGACACUCCACUGCAUUACUGUGCCAGAGUUGGCAAUGCUGCGGUCCUGCAGGAGAUGCUCAAUAACGUCCCUGGUAGCCGUCUGCAGACAGCCAUCAACAAGCACGCCAAGAACGGCAGAUCUCCGCUGCUGUUGGCAGCCGAGCGGGGUCACACAGCAGUGGUGAGGGUGCUGCUGGAGAACAAUGCCAGAGUGGACGUGUUUGAUGAGGAAGGCAAAGCCGCCCUACACCUGGCCGCUGAGCAGGGCCACAAUGACAUCGCUGACAUCCUGCUGUCCCAUAAGGCCUUUGUGAAUGCUAAGACCAAGCUGGGCCUCACACCGCUGCACCUCAGCGCCCAAAAUGGCUCUGCUCGCCUGGUCAGGCUGCUGGUGGAGACUCAUCAGGCCUGCAUCGACGCCCUCUCACUGAGUAAACAGACUCCUCUACACUUAGCCGCUAUAAGUGGACAGUUAGACGUGUGCAGCAGUUUGUUAAACCUCAGAGCUGACCUCACUGCUACAGAUAUCCAUGGACAGACCCCUCUUCACCUGGCAGCAGAGAAUGACCACUCUGAGGUGGUGAAGCUCUUUCUGAAGCACAGGCCUGAGUUAGCCACACUGGCCAGCGUGGAGGGAGCUACAUGCACUCACAUCGCAGCAGCCAAGGGCAGCGUGGCUGUCAUUCGAGAACUGCUCAAGUUCAGCCAGGGAGGGCUGACCACACUGCACAACAAGGCUAAUGGCUCGUGUCCUCUGCAUUUGGCUGCUGCAGGAGGUCACACAGAGGUCGUCAAGGUUCUUCUGGAGGCAGGAGCUUCAGCUGCAGAGGAGGAUUUAGAGGGAAUGACUGCUGUCCACCUGGCUGCUCAGAGUGGACACACACACAUUAUGGAGGUCCUGAAAGCCAGCGUCUCUCUGAAGAUCAUCAGCUCCAAGACGGGGCUAACGGCUCUACAUGUGGCAGCCUGUUUCGGACAAGUGGACUUUGUGAGGGAGAUUUUGACCAAAGUCCCAGCAGCUAUCCGCAGUGAGCUGCCCACGGGGAGCAGCAGCAGCAGAGACAGCACGAGGAAACACCAGCUCUCCACUGAGUCAGGAUAUACUCCCUUGCACCUAGCAGCUCAGUCUGGGCAUGAGAACGUGGUGCGCUUGCUUCUGAAUUCAUCUGGAGUGCAGGCUGAUGCUGAAACAGACUCAGAGGGUCUGACUCCUCUGCACCUGGCUGCUCGGAGUGGUCACACGGCUGUGGUUGGUCUGCUGCUCAGCAGGUCUGCCUCACUGCUGCACCUCAGGGACCGCCGAGGGCGGACCUGCCUGCAUCUGGCCUCCGCACAUGGGCAUGUGGCCACAGUGAGGGUCCUGCUGGGCCAGGGAGCUGACAUUAACCACACUGACAAGGGUGGCUGGACUGCUCUGCACUAUGCGGCUAAAGCCGGCUGUCUGCAGGUGGUACGUUUCCUGGUGGAAAGCGGAGCGUCUGCACGGGCUGAGUGCCACGCCAGCCGCACCCCGUUGCAGUACGCGGCCGAGGAGACCCACCAGGCCACGGUCAGCUUCUUGCUCCACCAACGGGACAACAACACGCUGCGUCUUCUAGAGGACAAAAAGUUCGUGUUUGACCUGAUGGUGUGCGGGAGGCUGAAUGCCAACGUAGCUCUGGAGGAGCUGGUGCUUCACGCUGCCACUCCUCUGACCAUGGCCGUGCGCCUGUCCCGGGCCCUCAGCCUGGCCGCUUUGAGGGAGAAGGAGCGCUCUGCCCAUCUGCAGGCGGCCGCUCAACACUGCGAGGCCAUGGCCUCUGAUCUCCUGAGUCUGGCCUCCUCAGCCGAGGGCCAGGGAGCUGGAGUGGUCCUGAGGGCAGUGGACCACCGGGGAGCCAGCGUGCUGGACUGUCUGAUAGAGGGGAGGCAGAAGGGUGUGGUAGCCCACCCUGCCGUGCAGAAGUACCUGACUGAGGUGUGGUACGGCAGCCUGCAAUGGGACUCGUGGAGGAUCUUGCUGCUGUUCUUCAGUCUGCUGCUCUGUCCUCCACUCUGGCUUGUCCUCUCACUGCCUCUUAAACACAGGUUCAACACGGUCCCAAUUGUAAAAUUCAUGAGUCAUCUGGUGUCCCACGUCUUCCUCCUGGCCCUCUUCAUCCUCACCGUCGCCUACCCACCCGUGAAUCCUCUGUCAGAAGGCCGCCUGCUCCCAGGAUGGUGCGAGUGGCUCUUGCUGACCUGGCUAUGCGGGAUGCUAGUGUCUGAGCUGAGCCACCCUGGGGAGCGGGCCGGUCUAGCCUGGGUCAGGCUCCUUCUCCUGGGCUUCUCUGCUGCCGCCCUGCUCUGCCACCUGCUGGCAACCGCUCUCCAGAGGUGGCCCUCAGCUCCCAUGCAUUGCCUGUUUGCCCGCAAUAUAAUGCUAGCAGUUGCCAUGACACUGGGCUUCAUCCAGCUUCUGGAGUUCCUAACGUUCCACCACCUCUUCGGUCCAUGGGCCAUCAUCAUCAGGGACCUGAUGAAGGACCUGUGCCGCUUUGCCGUCAUCCUGCUACUCUUCCACACUGCCUUCUCACUCAGCCUCACUGCCAUCUGCCAGCCUGUAUACCCAGUAAGUGACCUUCGGAGAAGCAGGGGAAACGAUAGCAGUGUUGAAGAAACCAAGCAUGAUAUAGAGCUAAACCCCCUGGAUGUCUCUGUGCUGCUCUUCUUCGCUCUGUUUGGCCUGACCGAGCAAGAGGACAUCCCUCCUCUGGACCGCUCCCCCGCUGCGGCGGCAGUCUUGGCUCACCUGGCCUUUGGGGUCUACCUGGUGGUGACGGUGAUCGUGCUGGUUAACCUGCUCAUCGCCAUGAUGAGCGACACCUACCAGCGCAUCCAGGCCCAGUCGGACACCGAGUGGAAGUUUGGGCGCGCUGUCCUCAUCAGAGACAUGAGCCGCAAGUCUGGAACACCGUCCCCUUUCAACCUACUCACCAGCCUCUUCUUCUAUAUCAAGAUCCUCUGCAAACAUGGAGGGAAGCUGUGCUCAGUGGAGCGUCGUGAUCUAAUGGGUGAAGAAGAGGAUGCUGAAGGCUUACCAAAUAACCGCUCUCUGGAUGCAGUGGCACACACCUCCACCAUCUGGCUCAGAGGAAACAAGAGAACCCAAAUCCUCCCUGAAAGCAGCCCCUUUGAGAUGCCCAGAGUGGGAGGACAAGUGCGAGUAGAGAACGUGACUGACUGGGCAGUGGUGGUCCAGCGUUUUCUAGCCUUGCAGAGUCAAAAAGACAGAGCACCAAUAGAGACCGUCAACCAUCUAACCCCACUUCAUCAUGAGUAACGAAACAGACCCAGCCCUACACCCUGGCCAUCUAGAACUAACAGCAUCAUGUCCAUGUUUCUGCUUGCAUUCAUGUCAUCAUUCUUGCGGUUUCAGGGUUAAGCAUGAGUUUUGCAUCUUUAUAGACUACAUCUGAUCCUGACCAUCCACUGGACAUGUUAGUGAUAGGCUGAAACUCCAAGCCUGGAGGAUCGCUAUGUUAUAUCCAACCAUGUAAACACAGGUGCUUUUUAUGGAACAACCCCAAAGCACUGCCUUUGAUGAAAUGGUGAUGAAGUAGUAAUAUUAACAGUAUUAUAUUCGUUUAUAUCGUGAAUGUUUUAAAAUUAACUUUGUAUUAUUGAUGUUGUCGCUUAUGGAAAACUGUUUCAGACCUGAAACAAAGACCAUUGUAAAAGCAGACAAUUUGCAUUAAGUAAACUGUAUGUAUCCUGACAUGUAACAACAACAGCGUUUGGGACACUUUGUGAAAUUUCUUUCUGAGUUCUAAGUGAUAUUUCCCUACUGUUGUGAUGUCAUCAUGCUCAGAGAUGUGAUGGAUCAUCUGUCUUGAGUUGGUUUCACUGAAAAAUAACAUAAAAGGGCGGAUUAGGUCAAAGAGGCAUAGGAGGUAAAGUUGCACUAUGUAAGAUUUUUUUUGUUAAAACUGACAGAAGUAUCAUCAAUCAGUCAGGAGAAUAAAGCAAGCUGAAAUAUGAUAAGGGGGUUUUGCCGUUAGUCACCCUAUAAUAUUAAUCCCCACCUGGGCAAACACCUACACUAUAACAAUAAGAGUCCUUGGGCAAGACUCCUUGGCCUACCUGUGUAAAAAAUGAUUGAAUUCUAAGUCGCUCUGGGGGCAGAGCGUCAGCCAUAUGCCAUAAAUAUAAAUGUAAAUGUAAAUGUAAUGUCACACACAGGCUCAAAAAAAGGAUGUGCGGCUCAGUGUUCAGGUUUCAAAUGCAAAACCAACAUUAUAUUCAUGAAGAUGUGAUGACAGUAGUAGAUAAUUUACUCACAUCCUUGAAACAUCUUUCACCAAUUUUGACUCCGUUCUCUUUGAAAACCUCGCUGGCCGGCAUCAGAUUAAUCUGUUUGGGGAAGAGGUCCGAAGCACAACCCACAUUGUGUAAUUGCAUGCAGUUACACAUUUUGACCAGAGGGGUCUCCAAAUCCCUCAAAUUUAAAUGGUACAGCUUUAAUCGACAAUCGUCAAAACACCUUGCACUGGUUGGGGUGGCCAGUGUAACGGCUCAUCUACUAAGAACUUUCCAUGAAAAUGAAAAUGACACCUUCAGUAUAAAGUGUUACUAUAACUUACAAACCCCUGUUUUUCUCACAGCCGUUUUUGUAUGAAAGGGUAUUUCUGCCAGGUGGGAGAAUCUAUUGAUGAGUAUGUUGCCAUAAUGAAUCAUCACUCUUUCAGUAAGAUUAAUCAUUAUUUUGAGAAAAUAAAUUAAAAACAGCAGGUGACGCUAUUUCACCUGGACGUGGCUCAACAAUAGUGGCAUCCAUGUUAGCAACAAAAAUAAGGCUUUGUAUUCAGAUACACAUGAAACGUUCAGUGAAAAAUCUAAUUUACACAAUUUUCCAUUUACUCCAGAUGGAAUCGUUUGGCCAAAAAAAGCUUGGAGUCCAAACAUUGCUUCUUUACUUCAGCACUGGGGCUGUGAGACUAAUGUUCCUAUCACUAGAAGUCAAUACUCACCCAAAUCUUUUCUCUAAAUACUGUACAUUCCCAAAACGUCUCUCAACCUGCUCAAACCACAUCCAGGUUUUCAUUAAGGACACAGUAUGUCCAAAGAAAAAAGUAUUUCCAAAACGUUAACUUUACAGGAGAGGGCAAAAACGGCCUUAACCUUUAACGUAACUUAGUGUAAAGAGAUUUAAUUCAAAGUGAUUUUGGGGCAUUUCUAUCUGUCCAAUCAUAAUAAAAUUUUCAGACAAUGGCAAGUUCAAAUGAUGUAGGAAAAAAAAGACAAAAAUGGAGGAACAUGUUUUUCUUUGGACAGCGAUGACAAUGUGAGUGAUCAAAAUGAACAAAACUUCACAGUGUAGUUGCCAUUCUGUAUUGCCUCCGAUUUGUAUGCACUAA